CUUGGAUAAGUGUGGUGUCGGGCCAGCUUUCGCGCAUCUUAACUAAAUCCAUGGGAUACCUGCCUACCUUUUAGUGUUUUUUGUUGUAAUAUUGUUAAAGUUUCAAUCUUUAUUGUUUUUUCAUUGUCCUGUUUUUUGGUUUUUGUUUGGUUUUAUGUGUUGUAUAUUUGUGAGCAAGAAAGGGUCUUUGGGUUUAGCUUGUAAUGUUUUUUGAAUAACUGUGAUGUGUUGAGUCGGCUUUCGCGCAUCUUGACUAAAUCCAUGGGAUAACUGCCUACCUUUUUAACGUCUCUUGUUGUAAUGUUGUCAAAGUUUCAAUCUUUAUUGUUUUUCAUGUUCCUGUUGUUUGGUUUUUGGUUUGUUUUAUGUGGAGCAAAAAAGGGUCUUGAGUUUACCUUUUAAUGUUUUUUUGAUAACUGUGGUGUCGGGUCAGCUUUCGCGCACCUCGACUAGUACCUUUUAAUGUUUCUUGUCAUAAUGUUAUCAAAGUUUCAAUCUUUAUUGUGUUUCAUUGUCCUUUUUUUUUUAGGUUUUGAUUUGUUAUAUGUGCUGUAUAUAUGUGUAGCAAAAAAUGUCCUUUGAGUUUACCUUUUAAUGUUUCUAGAUAAAUUGUUCUAAAAGUUCCAAUCUUCGAUUUUUUUUAUUUUUUAUUUUGGUUCCAACCAUUUGAGGGGCUUGAGUUUACCUCAAAUGGUGUUUGGUUUUGUGGUUUUUCUUUUUCAUGUUGUAAUGUUGUUAAAUUAGCAAUCUUUCUUGUUUUUCAUUGUCCUGUGUUUUUGGGUUUUGUUUGGUUUUGUGUGCUGUAUAUAUGUGGAGCAAAAAAGGGUCGUUGAGUUUACCUUAAAUGGUGUUUGGUUUUUUGCCUUUGUGUUUUUUUUUCCUUUGUAAUGUGCUGUAUACAUAUCAGAUAUGGAGCAGAAAAGGGUCUUGAGUUUACCUCAAAUGGUGUUUGGUUUUGUGUUUUUUAUUUUUUUCUUGUUAUAAUGUUGUCAAAGUUUCAAUCUUUAUUGUUUUUUGUUUUUUUGGUUUGUUUUAUGUGGAACAAAAAAGGGUUUUGAGUUUACCUCAAGUGGUGUUUGUUUUUUUUCCCUGUAUUUCGUUGUGCAUUUGUUCUCAUGUGCUGUAUAGAUAUGGAACAAAAAAGGGUCAUGAGUUUGCCUCAAAUAGUGUUGGUCUUUGUUUUCUUUCGAGUUUACCUUAGAUGGAAGGGAGCCUUCGAGUAAUUGGUAAAGUUGCUGCCAUGUGACCAGGAGGUCACGGCUUCAAGCCUUGGAAACAGCCCCUUGCAGAAAUGUAAGGAAUUGGAGUUUAAUUGGAGGGUUGUUCUGGCAACAGUGAUAGGAUUUUUGGGGUCGGCAUGUGGUACUGUGGGAGGUGUUGGUGGAGGCGGCAUUUUUGUUCCUAUGCUUACUUUGCUUCUUGGAUUUGAUACAAAGUCUGCUGCUGCUAUUUCCAAAUGUAUGAUAAUGGGGGCAUCGGCAUCAUCGGUCUGGUACAAUUUGAGGGUACCGCAUCCAUGCAGAGAAGCACCUAUACUUGAUUAUGAUUUGGCACUGUUGUUUCAGCCCAUGCUCAUGUUAGGCAUCACCAUUGGUGUUUCUCUCAGUGUUGUUUUCCCUUACUGGCUCAUCACGGUCCUCAUCAUCAUCCUCUUCAUGGGGACUUCAUCAAGAUCCUUUUUUAAAGCCAUUGAGAUGUGGAAAGAAGAAACCAUGCUCAAGAAAUCGAUGAAAGAAGUUCCAGUUAAUUCACGUGGUGAACUUAUUAUUGAUACAGUUUAUGAGCCGCUGGUCCCUAAGAAGGAGAAAACAGCAUUUGAAAUUUUUAAGUUCAACUUGAAUUUGAAGAGAAUUCUGGUGCUCUUUAUAGUAUGGUUCGUGUUCCUGCUUCUUCAAGUUUUCAAGAAUGAUCUAACGGCUUGUACUCCAUUGUACUGGGUGCUCAACUUAUUACAGUUCCCCGUCGCACUGGCAGUGUUUGGGUAUGAAUUUGUGAAAUUGUACAAGGAAAGCAAGAAAAGGAGAUUAGAAGGGAACCCAGAGUCGAUAUGUGAGGCUGAUAUUCAAUGGACUGCCACAAACCUUAUAUUUUGCGCGCUGUGUGGCAUAUUGGGAGGCACAGUUGGAGGAUUGCUCGGAUCUGGUGGUGGAUUCAUUCUUGGCCCUCUUCUUCUUGAGAUCGGAGUUAUCCCUCAGGUAGCUAGCGCGACAGCGACAUUUGUGAUGAUGUUCUCGUCAUCUUUAUCAGUUGUGGAGUUUUAUCUUCUCAAGAGAUUCCCAAUGCCUUACGCUCUAUACCUCAUGAGUGUAUCUAUUCUCGCUGGCUUUUGGGGACAAUGCUUCAUUAGAAGACUUAUCGCGGUUUUAAAGAGAGCAUCAAUCAUUGUGUUCAUACUCUCUGGUGUCAUUUUCGCUAGUGCUCUCACGAUGGGGGUGAUCGGGAUAGAGAAGAGCAUCCGUAUGAUCCACAAUCACGAGUUCAUGGGGUUCUUGGAUUUCUGCAGCAGUCAAUAAUCCUGCAUUUCGACUAGCAAACUAUUGGUGAACAAGAAUAUACACAUGUAUAGAGCAGCAGCAGCAGCAGUGCAAAAGAUGUUAUAUUUAUAAGACAAAAAGUACAGUAUGCAAUCGAAAAAAUGGGGUAAGUUGUCUGUGUGUUAGCUAGCGCUAACACCAGCGUCGACAACCAUUUUUCUCGCAUUUGCUUUCAUAGUCGUCAUACAUAAUAGAUGUUUGUGUCAGUGUGGGUACUGUGUGGCUACUGUCUGUGAGUUAGCUAGCGCUAACGCCAGACAGCACCACGUCUGUUCUUCCAUUUGUUUGCUGUUAACUUUCGUGCUUGGUCUCUAUGGUUGUGACUGCGUGUUAGCUAGCGCUAACACCAGUACAUUAUUUUGAUUCGCUUAGGUUCGCGUCAUUGAAUUGGUUCUGUCUGAGGGUUAGCUAGCGCUAACGCCAGCACAGUCCACCACCAUCACCACCACCAUUUGUAUUUACCGUGUUAUAGUUGUCAGUUGAUGUGAAAUGAAGUUCAGGAUUCUUCGUA